AUGGAUUUUCAUGAUCUCUUCCCAGAAGCCGUUACCGGCGCUACCCACACCGCAGCCACCGCAGCCGUUCUCAGUUCAGACACGAAUCAACCAAAAACCAGGAAAUCAUUUGUGGAAGCUAUCUCAAAUGUCUGUGUUAUCCCCACCAGCCAGCUACCCACCCCUUGCGUCAAAGGGGACAGACUUUCGAUUAUGAUACCAGAAGACGAAUACAUCUUGGGCCUGGAAUCAUGUAAGCAUAACUUACAUGGUAGAAUUCUUUGGCCAAAAGGUUCCACCCCCAUCACAGUUCAACAACUAAAGACCAAACUCCAAACCCUGUGGAGCUCCCUCCCGAAAUGGGGUAUCACUUCUCUGGGCAAGGGUUUUUACGAAUUCUCAUUUGCAAACCUUGAAGACGUUCGUAGAGUUCGUUCCUCACCAGCUUGGAAUCUCAAUCCAGGUAUCCUCAAACUUUUCCCUUGGACAAAGGAUUUCGUACCUUCAAACAUGAACCACAGUUCGGCACAAGUUUGGGUCCGUAUUCAUGGGCUUGCUCAGGAAUAUUGGCGACCGAAAAUCCUGUUUACUAUUGCCAGCAGCAUAGGAAUUCCCAUUUGUAUUGACUCCUCUUCCAAUAAACCGAUGAUUGAUAGACAUUUUGGCCAGUUUGUUCGGGUGUUGGUGGAUAUUGAUCUCACAAAGGAACUGAGGGACAAAAUCUUGGUCGAAAGAACAGGUUUUGCUUUCUUCGUGGAUCUCGAAUAUGAGAAAAUUCCAGAUUUCUGUACCUACUGCAAAGCAUUGGGUCACACUAUUCACACAUGCAGAAGGAAGAAGGUUUCUGAACAAAAAACAGAACAGCAAAACAAAACCAAUAUUACCGACCACAGCAAAAAACCUCAGCAGGGCAAGGAGAAUAAGGGUAAGGAGCCAUUUAUAGAUAAGACUCCUCCAAUGGGGGGUGAGACAAGCGGGAUCAUCAAACCUAGUGAAAUCAACAACAAGACUGUCGUAGCCGAUAUUAAUAGUGACGUUGUUCCUUCCCCAAACGUGGAGUUAAACAACAAUUCUAUAUUAACACCAAUUGUGGAGAUUGAAGAAUCAAACUUGGUGGAAAUUAUUGUGCAAGAGAAGAUUCUUAAGGCCGCAGCCGCUAUCAACCAUCUGGAGGAUUCAAGUUCUGACUCGGACUUUGUUGUAGAAACCCAACAAGUUGCCACCAAUACGCGGAAAAAAGACAAUACAAACAGCUUCCUAGAUGACUCGUGGAACUCCCUGGCUUCUCAAUCGAGAAACGAAGUUUCUUCGGAAGAGGAUGAAGGCAACUUCAAAGAAGUGGUUACUAAAUCCCAAAAGAAAAAAAGUAGAAGGAAAAUCAAAACCAGGGACACUUCAGGCACCGGUUCAAGAGCUGGUACUGGAAAGCCACCUCAAUGA